AAUGCAAUAGAAAGAGAGAGAGAGCGAGAGAGAGUGAGACAGACAGAGAGGGGGGUCGAGGAGAGUAAAGUGAAGGGGAGGAAGCAGGCUUCGGUUUUAGUUUUUCGCGUGGAAUACACGAAGGAGCCUGUUGAUAGAAGGACGCUCCAACCGUGGUUUUCGCCCGUACGUGUGUGUGUGUGUGAGUGUGUGUGACCGUAUGCUUGUGUAGAUAUAUAUAUAUAUAUGCAUAAAUAUACAUAUAUAUAUGUAUAUAUAUGUUCGUGUAUAUAUAUAGAGACACAAAAGUGCUUCUUCGAAUUUCAUCCACUCCAGAUAUUAUAAUUAUAAUAAUAAUGAUAAUUAUUAUUUAUAUAUCUACACAAAAGUAUAUUUUUUGAUAUUCAUCAAAAGACUUCUCUCUGUUUGCCAAUUUCCUGGAUUUCGUUAUACAUACAUAUACACGUACAUACAUAGGUACAUACAUACACACAUACAUUAUAUAUAUAUAUGUUGAGGUGCACAAUAUUCGUGUAAAGGAAAUAAACACACCUAUUGUGUACAUGCAUAUGCAUACAUGCACACACACACACAUAUAUAUUGACAAGCACCUACCCGGAUAAUUCACAUUGUUCUACUUAAAGCGGAAACAGAGAGAAGUAGAAGAAUAUAAACAAACUCAAAAAAAAAAAUAUUAAAAAAAAAAUAUAAAAAAGGAAUCGAAACCAAAGUUCGGACCGAAAGGGAACAGUUUAAUAAAAAGAAACAAACUUUAGACAAAACAAGACAUAAAAAAAUAUAUAUAAAAUAAAAAAAAAAAAUAACAAACCGCAAAAAUGGGGCGAAAAGCAAAAAAUUAUCAACAGACGAAAUUUAAAUGAAUGAAAAAAAAUCUACAUAAAAUGAUUAUAUUUAUAUGUAAAUAUAUAUAAUAUAGAUAUAUGUAUAUAUAUGUAUAUACACACACAUACACACAUAUAAGAUAUAUAUAUAUAAAUACUUAGGAAGGAAAUUUGAAAAGGAAAAAAUAAGUUCCUAAAAUAUUUGAAAUAUAUGAAAAUAAUAAAAAUAUCUAUAAACGUAAAACAUUACCGCUCUCUCUCUUUAUAUUAUGUCUUGAAUAUAUAUAUAUAUAUAUACACAUAUAUAUAUUUAUACACACGUAUGUAUGUAUAUGUAAAAGAGAGAGGCAGAGAAGUAAACACACACACACACACGCAAAAUAUACACAAAUAUUAGUGAAAUAUAUGAAAGAAUAUAUAGAAAUUUGGCAAAAUACUGUCGUUAUUACGAAAUGGACCCAGUAGUUCGGAUUUCGCAGAGACUAGCUUUGAUGCAAACAUCAUGUUUAUAUCUCGACAAAGUGUCAUCGCAAUAGCCAUUCAGGUUUUCAGACUAAAUGGGAUUUAUUUUCAAGCCCAAUUCAAAUGGUAAUGGAGCGCCUGGAGAAGUUCCAGAUAAUCUUCAAUAAUCCAACAGCCACUUACUAUGCUGGAGAUACAGUUUAUGGUUAUGGAUGGAUCAUUUUGAAGGAACCAAUGUUUGUUCAGACCGUGUGCCUAGAGGCGAUUGGAGAAGCAAAAGUGGAGUGGAUGACUUCCAGUGAUAUUCAAGCUUCUGAUGAAGAAGUCUUCAACUACACCACAGUUUUGCCUGUGAAAGGAGAGAAGGAAGUGGACGAAGCCCUCCUCCACCCCGGUUCCUACUAUUUCCCGUUUGAGUUCAACCUUCCACAACGAUUGCCGUCGUCAUUCAAAAGUAAACAUGGCCGCUUACGCUAUUUUGCUAGGAUGACCAUAUAUACACCAGACGGGCCCCACCAUGAGAGGAAGAGCAAGUUUGCUGUGAUAAGUGCUCUAGAUUUGAACUCCGAACCCGACGCUGCUUUGCCAGUGGAGAACGAUACAUACGAAGCUGUUGGCUCUUGGUGCUGUAUAGCAGGAACUGUGACAGCUUCUAUGAAACUAGAGCGGAAGGGGUACACUUUAAAGGAAGCUAUCCCUAUUUAUGCUGAGAUUAAGAACCUCAGCACCAGACGAAUUCAUUCUACAAAAGUUUCUUUAAUUCAGGUUAGUGUGGAGUUUUCGAGAGAACAGGACGGCUUGGAACUCGAUAUAAAAAGACCAAAGCGUAUUAAUUCGUAUUAUUCCAUCGUAACACGGAAUAAACUCACUCUACUCCGAAACUUGGAAAAAGAACAUUUGAUAAAAUAA